UUAGGGAACCACACUUUAGUAUCGAAGACCCAUACAAAAAUGCUGGCCUCUCGCUCUGCUGUCCGCCCAUUUGUGGCCGGGAGGCGCCCUACCGUCGCCUGCUCGGCGAAGCUUAGCCUGCACACCCUGCGCCAGGACAUGGCUCGCUCUCAGCUAAAGACCAACCUGCCCGCCGUGGUUGUCGGCGACAACGUCAAGGUUGGCCUGGCGGUGCAAGAAGGCAAUGGCAAGACUCGUACCCAGACUCUGGACGGCGUCAUCAUCGCUGCUCACGGCGCGGACAGCAGCCGGACUCUCACUUUCCGUCGCGUGUUCCAAGGCGUUGGCGUGGAGCUGGUGAUGCCGGUCCACUCGCCGGCUGUCCAGCAAAUUGAGUUCGUGCGCCGCGGCCGCGUGCGCCGUGCUAAGCUGUUCUACCUGCGCGAGCGCGUGGGCAAGUCUGCCCGCCUUAAGGAGGUUGUGGGUGUGCGCGCGGCAGAUGUGGCUGCCGGCAAGCAGUGAGCAUGAGCGCUGUGCGCUGCGAGCAUACGGUCUGUGUUUUUGAGUCGCGUUGUAGAUAUGUUCGGGGCAGAGUCGUGGGGCAGUAAGGAGCCCGAGCAAAUUUUGUACCCUGUUGCUCGGGCCACUUGAGGGACAUGCCGUCGGAGUGCUGGCGGGAGGGCGCGGACGGACGGGCCUCCUGGGUCCUAUAUGUGUGGUGUAACAGCUGAAGCUG